GUUUUGCCGGUGACUCAAAACGAAAUGUAGAGCAAUAUUAACAAUCAAUAGCUAUGUUUAGAAUAUAUUCAGCAUAGUCAUUAUAUCAAAAAGAGGAACUGAGUAUAAAUAUAUUUGUAUUAGUCCUGCUUGCCGAGUCUUAAUUGUGAUAAUUCUUCAACUCUUACUUCCUUCACCUACCUAGUUAACUACCUAGACUAUUCUACCAACUUCCCCCUCACCCGCCUCGCCCAUCUCAACCGCCCAAAACGGGCCAACAACUAACAUCUAACAUCUACAAGCUUCUCAUCCAGCUUUAAUUUUUAACUGCUUCCAACAUUAUAAAGUUUAUACUUGCACCAUAUUCGAAUAACUAGUGGUUCUCGUCAAGUUAAAACAUAUUUACGUCAAGCAUGGGAUCACAGACUGUAGUGCCAGUGCCUAAUGGGGCAACAGACUCUAGACCUGUUUUAUUCUUCGACAUUGACAAUUGCCUUUAUCCUAGAAGCGCCAAAGUCCAUGAUCUAAUGGCAGACCUAAUAGACAGAUACUUCGCGACACAUCUAGGUCUUUCAGAAGAAGAAGCCAUCAAGCUUCACCAAGAGUACUACAAGAACUACGGUCUUGCUAUCGAAGGUCUAGUACGGCAUCAUCAAAUCGACCCCCUGGACUACAACGCUAAGGUCGAUGACGCUUUACCUCUCGAAAACGCCAUCAAGCCGAAUCCGCAGCUGCGGAAACUACUCGAGGAUAUCGACAAGUCUAAAGUGAAAUUAUGGCUUCUCACUAACGCGUACGUCACGCAUGGCCGGAGAGUCGUUAGGCUUCUAGGAAUAGAAGACCAGUUCGAAGGCCUUACGUACUGCGACUACUCGCAAAUCCCGAUUAUCUGCAAACCGCAUAAGGACAUGUUUGCUAAGGCGAUGAAAGAGGCAGGAAUAGAAAAAGUCGAGGACUGCUACUUUGUUGACGACUCAUUCGCCAACGCACAAGGUGCUCAAAACCUAGGCUGGACAUCAGUUCACAUUGUCGAAGAGGGACUACCAGUCCCGGCAUCCCCGGCAUCCAAAUACCAGAUUAGACAUCUGGAGGAGCUACGGGGGAUAUUCCCGCAAUUCUUCAAGUCGGAAAACCAAGCAUAAACAAGCGGCAUAUAAUAUAGAGCUCGGGGAUGGCAUAUGGCAUGGGUCGAGGCGUUUUGGGUACAUGCAUCAUCAGAAGGGGACAAUAGAGCUCAAUGUUAUAGAAAAUCAUAGUUAGUUAUAGUCUAGAC